AUGGCUAACAUACGUCUUCAUCGUAAUCCUUCUAAUAGUUCAAAGAAAAUAAGGCGCAUCCUACUUACGGGUUGCCGUAGCAUAUCAGAUAAAGGGUUGAGUAGAGUGGCUUCAGAACUUCCUUUGUUAGAGGAGCUUGACAUUUCCUUUUGCGAAGGGAUCUCACAUAAAUCUCUACAAGCAGUUGGCCGCUCUUGCCCUCUCUUGAAAUCAUUCAAGUUGGACAAAUGCGGGCUGGCGAAGCAGUUGGCCGCUCGUACCCUUGACGAGAUUCGUCGCUUCUUUUUUGAGUAUGCAGACGAAGAUGCACUUGCUAUAGCAGGAGGAAUGCACGGAUUACAGCACCUCCAACUUGUUGGGAAUCCACUUUCUGUUAUGGGAUUGCAGAAAAUUCUUUAUGGUUGCCCUCAUCUUAAGUCACUUAAACUGCGCUGGUGUUCAAAUAUUAAUGUAGCCACCCAAGUUUUAGAAGAAGAUGCGCUGCACAAAUUAAGAAGUUUAGAAUAUUCCCAAUUUACUGAUGACAAGGGUUUUGUUCUCAAGAAGUUUGAUGGACUUUGUUUGACUCUCAAAUGA